GAAGUGAAGAUUAUUAUUGUUUAACCGAGAGUUCUUUUGUAAUGCAGUAAAAGUCCUGUUAAAGUCUUUUGUAGUGUGUAAUGCAAGCAGUAAUUGUGGCAUAAUCAGUCAAGUAAAAACCAAGAAUUCAGUGUCAAGUGCUUCAAAAUUGAGGGAAAAUGGACUCCGAAGGAUAUCAUACACAAGAGGGAUCGACGAACUUUCAAAAUAUCAUGACACCUGAAGCUGGACAGAUAAAUACACAUAUGGGGCGGAUUCCAACAUCAUUGCCUCCACCCCUGCCACCUCGGUUGCAACAACCAAGUUUAGGAUUUCGUCAAACGUACAAUUCGCCCUUUGGAGGGUACCAAAAUCAUUUUGGUUAUGGUGCAGGAACAGGUUAUAGUGGGUAUGGUGGCUACAAUGGGUACGGAACGUACGGAAACUUUAACAACUAUGGAGGAUUUGGUGCAGAGAAUUAUGGACGAUACAGUGGCUAUCGUGGAUACCAUUUGGACGCUGAAAAUAGAUUUAUUCAAAUGGCCGAAGAAACAUCAAGACCUGCUCUUCAAAGCAUAGAAAAUCUUGUAGCAGCAUUUGGAAACAUUGCAUCAAUGCUAGAUUCCACAUUUUUUGCGAUCAAUAGUUCGUUCAGGGCAAUACUUGGUGUUACUGCUAACGUGGGUAAACUUCGAAGUCUUUUUACCCAAUUUAUUUCAACUUUUACACUUUUUCAAGGUUUAGCCUGGUUAUGGAGAAAAGUUCUAUAUACGUUUGGUAUAUCGAAGAUUCCACCAAAUUCUCUGAGUUUUAAGGCGGCAUUUGAGACAGCUGCUGCCCAAAUAGGAGAUUCUAACCAGAAAGAAAAAUCAAUUGGUCAAAAAGCAAGUCCAUGGCCCAUCCUACUAUUCCUUGGUUUCAUUCUGUCUGCACCGUACCUAAUAAUGAGGCUAUUAGGCGUAACUUCAACAACGUCCAUUGAAGAAAGUAAAAAUCCACAGCAAUGGACAAAUUACAUUCCUACAAGGGUUAUCUAUGAUUUUGAUGCCACAAAUCCGGAGGAGCUGACAAUACGGGCUGGGCAAGUAGUACGAGUUGCACCAAAAGAAGUUCAAAAUCUUCACUCUCUUAUGAAUACCGGUUGGGCGUUAGCUUCUCUAGAUGGAUGCGAAUCCGGUUUGGUACCCAUAAACUAUCUUUCGCGCCCAGGAGAAAUGUCUUUGCAAAAAUGAGGCUUCACACACUAUAAUUAAUUUUAAUCUUUUUUGGGGUGUUUGUAUAUGAGUGAUUAAGUAUAUAGUACCAGUGGAGUAAUUUAAAAAUUA